AUGUCUUACAAUGAGUUUUUAUUAAUAUAUAUUUUUUUCAUUGGUCAGGUAACGGUUGAGGGGGUGGUUCAUAUAUGUACCAGCAGGCAUUUAUGGUGGUACACAUGCGUACCAACAGGUGGAAGGAUUUUAGCAGGCUCAAAUGUUUCAUCAGGAAUGACCCAAUCAAGAACUUGGUUUCUACCAACAGUUACCUGUGGUGAAGGCGCAAAAUGGAUGUCUGAGUUAGACAUAUCGGACGUAUCACUGCCUGCUUCUUCAUCGGAAUUUGGUUCAUAAUUGUCACUGGAGUCAGCAGAAAAUGGUUCCGAAUCAGAGAUUUCUUCAAUAUCUUCAAUAAGCGCUUCCAGCUCUUUUUGUGCAAGCGGAUGGCGGCGAUCCAUAUUGAAGCUAAAACUGAAUAAACGUAAUUAGAGACCUGUUGGUAUACAUGUGUACCACCAUAAAUACCGGAUGGUACAUAUAUGUACCACAUGAAUAUUACACGCAAAAACACAAAAAUAAAACAUAGUUUUGACCUACCUUUGUAAAAACACUAAUUACAGUUGAAUAGCAAAUAGAACUUCAUCAAAAAAC